UGAUGUAACAGCAGCCGGCGAAAGAAACUUGUGCAUUUAAUGAAAAAUAGUGAAUAAAUAGCCAGAGUAACCGCACGUGCCAUGCAAAUUCGUCGUCCGCGAGGUGUCACUGUUCCGCAAUUGAUGGUGGUCACGGCCAUUGGGCUGCUAGGCGGUAUUUACAUUUGGCAACCACUGAUUUUGAAGUACAAAAACGAGAAGAAAUCCGAGGCAGAAACGCCAGCAGUAACUGAAACUAGUGGAACCACAAAAUGAGUUUCAUUAACGGCCUCAAAAGAUUCGCCACAACGACCGUUGGUCUGAUGGCCAUCGGUAUCGGAUCGACCGUUCUAUUCUACACCACCCAUCGCCUUGUCAUCAAACCCUAUCUUCUCGAGAAACGCCGCCUGGAAGCCGAGGCCUGUGCGGAGUACCUUUUCCAGCAGGAGGGGCACUCCCAGAAUGGCGAAUCAAGACCCAAACGGAGCGAAUAUUGAGCCAAGGAUGCCAGUGCCGUCAUAGACAUCUUUACAUACUUAUAACCUAGUGAUUAGUUACCAAAUUUCAACGCUGUAACAUGGUGAACAAUGGACUUUUACUUUCUUACCUUCACUUUGGGUGGAGAGGCCCAUCAUCUUGUGUUCAUUUUAGAGUUAAACAGAAUGGAUUUUUUAUGGAAGCAAUAUGAAUUGAAUAAAUAAUGAAAAGCA